AGACCGUGGUCAUUAGCCACUCGUCAGGUUUCGUCACUCAUACAACGGGGCACAGACUUCUAUAGAAGUUGUGUUCGAUGCUGUUUGCGGAAGCUACGGAACAAAUGGUCGCUCGUAUGUGUAUAUUUAUAUUUAUAUUUGUAUAUUUGCAUACUCGGCCAAUGACCUUUCUUUGUGUCGAUAUUGUAAAACGGCAACUGUAAUUGUAACACGAGUAAUAUAGGAGAAAUUCUGUUGAGGCAGUCGCCUCGGGGUUUGCGAGAUUGCCAUCCAAUCGGCGCUACCUAACCUCCAAGCGUUCGUACAUGGAACGUGAGGCGAGGAUAGGCCGUGCUGUUCGCGCUUCGUAAGAAUACAACUCGUUUUGUCGAAAUGACGGAAAUAAAACAUGCAGAUACGAUACUGACGUAACGAGAAAAUGUAUCCUGCGAACCACAAGACCAUAUUCGUGCUGGAUCACACGCCGUAUUUUGGCAUUUCUACCGAGUGCCCAUUGGAAUUUGAUUUUCUAAAGAGCAGGGGACAGAAUCUGAUUCCGCUGGCACCGGUCUGCAAGUCCUUGUGGACUACCAGCGUUGAGGCAUCGUUGGAGUACUGUCGCAUCGUAUGGGAUCUUUUCCCGACGGGUAAAUUGAUUAGAUUUGUCGUGACCGACCGUGCAGCUUACGUGUUAAACUCAUGGAGUCCGUUGCAGCAGAAUUUGAAUCAUAUUAUGAAUGGUACUGCUAUCUUGGGAGUUCCGGCAAGCAAACCAGAGCCUGGGGAAGAUUAUUCGGUGAUACACGGCUUACGUGUGGCGAUUGAAACUCUAAACGAGUGUUCGGAUGUACAGCACGAGAAGAGAACCUCACUGAACGAGAACACUAGUAAGCUGGUAAACAGAGGCAGAGUAAUAUGUAUUACGAGUGCACGUGAUAACGGUAACAUGAAGAGCUUGGAGAAUAUAUUCCUCAGUGAACUGGUACAAGAAAACAAGAACGCAUUAGCCUCUGAUCACUUGAUCCCAAUUGAUUAUUGUCAUCUCGUUAUACUAAACAUAUAUCCCAACAACAUCGAAUCUCAAGUCACUAGUCAAGGACCUCGAGAGGUGUCACCGUUGCUAACAGUGGAGGUACAUUCGAUUAAGGCUUCGGCGCUUCAUUCUAAGCUGUCGCAUCUGAUUUUGUCUCAUUACGAUCUCGCCAGCACUACGGUGACAGGUAUACCAAUGAAGGAAGAGCAAAAUGCGAGCUCGUCCGCUAAUUACGACGUGGAGAUAUUCCAUUCGUCCGCUGCUCACACUGCCAUCCUGAAAGGAAAUCCACAAGACUCGGCGUUGAUCAAGACCUUUAGGCGUUUCGAGGAAGGAUCCGAGUAUGAAACGGUUACACUGAAAUGGUGUACUCCACGUGGCUGCAGCGCAUCGGAGAUGCAAAACUGCACGGCGAUGCACCGGAUAACGCCAGUGGACGUUAACAGUAGACCGUCCUCGUGUUUGAUCAAUUUUCUAUUAAACGGCAGGUCGGUGAUGCUCGAGAUGGCCAGGAAGACCGGUGGAAAGACCAUCUCUCACUUAUUGGCGGCACACGGCGGUGAAAUUUUCAUCCAUACCUUGUCCACUGCUCGGAGCGUGCUCGAGGAUCCACCCUCCAUCAGUGAAGGCUGCGGCGGACGCGUCACGGAUUACAGAAUAACCGAUUUUGGCAGUCUGAUGCGAAGUAACAUCCUGGUACCACUAAAACGUAUUUCCAAUUCCAAUACGGACGGCCUGGUGGAAAAGAUGAGAUCAAGACUGGAACGCCACACCAAGUAUUGGCCCAUGAUUAUCUCGAGUACUCUGAUGUUCAACUUGAAGCAGGUAAUAGAUCCACUUCCAGAGCUGAUGGUGAAGGAGGAACUCACGACGGAAGAGGUGUUGCAGUGUAAGCAAGUGAUCUUUGGUUUAUUGGGGCUGGAGGCGAAGCACGAAGUGCUACCGUUACCGAGCAUCGGUGGCGGUCGUGGCGGAAAAGGCGGGGUACGCAGAGAGGAACACUAUCGUCUGUUAUGGGACGAGAUUGAAACGUUUCUCAAGCACCAUGCCAACAACUCGGCCGCGCACACCGAAGUACUCAACUGUCUGCUGGAGAUCAGGAACAAGGAUGACAAGGACAAGGUUGAGCUGGAUCAGGCUCUAAGAGAAUUGGACAGCUUCGGCAAGGAAGACGGAACUGCUCGUGUCAGCGUGAUCAGAGCGACGACGGAUUCGCCGAUGUCGCCACCGGCGAGCGUGUCGAUGCCGCUCAACAAGCAAUUGCACAAGGGUAGCGCCGCCGGAACGAAGAAUCUCCUGGACAUUUGGUUACAGCGCAGUGCCCCGAAGGAUAAAAAGCCAGACUUUCAUGGCAGAAUCAACAGCGAUGGUCCUAAAGCCAAACUAUAUCCCAAUCUAAAGGACGCGGGAAGAGAACCCAGGGAAACCAUCCUGGAAGGAUAAUAUGCGCAAAUAGAGGAUUUGACAAGAAAUGUGACGCGCCUUGUGAUUGUAGAUAUAAACGGCAUCAUCACAUAUUAUUUUAUUGUAAUAUACUUGUUGGAUAACAUUUCGUUUGUCGCUGUACAGGGCAUGUUUCGCAUCGCGUAUCGUCUGACACGUUAGAAAAUUAUACACGUUACGCGCGUACAUGUGCAUUAAACUUUCACGAGCACACUUUUGUUUUCGUCAGUUGAUUGCAAAAAGAAUUCCAAGGUAUUUUUCACAUAAAUCAAGAAGAAACAAACAACUCUUAAAACAACUUUUGUAUGAAUCAUUAUACUCAGUACUGAUUACCGAUAGGAAUAUCUCGUAAUACAAUUGUACACGAUAUGCAGCAGAAAUUCUAA